CACAACGACAGAGCAGCCUGUUCAGGGGUACUUAGACUGAAGCUUGUGCAGUGCAGAGAAGUUGUUCAUAAUACUAUUAUAUCAUGACUGUGAACCAGAACUGCAAAACAGAGCAUCCACACCCUCCCCCAACAGAUGGGGCAACAGGGUUGUCGUCGCAGGACAUUGGCACGGCUACAAUGAACAACAACACUGCUGGUAAUAGAUCGUUAGCCGAGAAGGCGGCCUUGGUAGAGUCAAACCAAAUGUUAGCAGGACUACUCGACCUUUUAUGCGACGAUAGCAACAAGCACAGCAACGACAAUGUCAACAUCAACGACAACGACAACGAUGAGAAGCCCGACCACUGUAGUGAUCCCAAGAAGCAACCGUCCAAAGCAACCCUUGGAAAACGCGACGAAAAGGACGACACGGUUGCCUUGAAGAAGAAAGCCGCCGCAAACGACAAAGAUGAGAAAUUCGGUCAUAGUACUAGUGAUUCCAACAAGAAUCAAGAUGAAAAAGCAGCCGUUCACAAACGUGACGAAAAGGACGCCGCAAAGCUGAAGGGCGAUGAACUGCGUGUGGCUGCUGCAAGCAAACAUCGGGCGGACGACGACGAAAAAGACAUGGAUGGCAACUGCAAAAUAGAUCUAGUAGAUGGCAAGUCACCGUGUAAAAAAAGAGAUCCAGAAGGCGAGGAGGAAAAUACUUUCGACAUUUCCCCCAUGCCCAUGCCCAACACCGAUGACUACGAUCGUACUACACCCGGUGCAUACGGUGUGGACGGACCGGGGCUACUAGAAGAUGCUUCGUUUUCCGAGCCAGAUGCCAAUUUGGAAUCUUUUUUGGCGUCCAUGUUGGUGACGACCAAUGUCGAAGCGUCUGAAUCUCCUGCCGUCUAUCCAGCCGAGUUGGUAGUGACCAAUCCACCAGAGGUCGGCGAACAACUACAAGAACAACAACAACCAUCAGAACCGAGGAUGGAAAUUCCCCAUGGGAGCAACAAUGAUGACGCCGUCGUGAUUGAAGGCAAGGCCGUUUCGGACCGCAAGUCGCUGUCGCGCCGAAAAUUUGAAUUGUUCUCGCUUUUGGGAAUUGCCGUCUUGGUGGGGAUCGUAGUCGCACUCUCCUUGGCCCUGAGUGGGACGUUUUCAUCAUCCGACGAGGACAACAACAACAACGAGGAAGUGACAUUGUCUCAGGAUGGGCCUGGACUUGUACCUGAACAUGAACAUGAACCGAAAGUGUCUACACUGGAGCGGAUCCGUCAACGAGGUUCCCUACGAGCCGCCAUGGGGUUCUUUCCACAUUCGGUCCUUGUCAAUGGCACGGUUGUCGGUCGAGAUGCCGACCUGGCACGGGCUGUGGCAGCGGGUGCUCUAGGUUCCGAGGCCGAGGUGGAGUUUAUGGACAUUGACAUCAAGGAGCUCUUUCAAUCUCUGGGGAAUGGAACCAUUGAUGUCAUGAUCAUUGGGAUUACUCACACCAUGGAAAGGGAUGUUUUCAUGGAACACAGCCAGGAAAGUUAUGAUUUCUCUAGAACCCCGUACAUGUACGAAGGUGUUCGAGCUGCGGGAGAUCCAUUCCAUGUCCUAGAAUGUGCCGACAAAAACUUUCGACACAUUGGUGAAUGCAGUGGACUCAAAGUUUGCGUACCCAAUGAUUCCACGCAAUUACUCAUGGUAGAAAAGUACCUGCCGGCACGUCACAUUGUCUUGGGAAGUGAUUUCUGGGAUGCACCCUAUAAGGAUCUUGUGAAUGGAGAUUGCAAUGUAUUGGUAGAGGAAGAUGUCAAAUUUGCCAUGCCUCUUGUGGAAGAGUAUCUGUCUGUCAAUGGAUCCAAAAUUUCACCACAACAAUUCACGAGAGGACGCAACUACUAUUCCGUGGAACCCUACUCCAUACUUACGGCCAGUACCGACCCAUCAUGGACCGAUUUUGUCAAUGCCAUGCUACAAUCAUUGCUGACAGCAGAAUACCACAACAUCACGCAAGAGACUGCGGAUACAUCCCCCCAAACCAACGUGUUUGGAGAAGACUACAAAGACAGCUUUCGACAUGCCAUUGCACAGCAUGGGAACUUUGGAGAGAUCUAUGACCGCAACUUGGAUGACUGGCAACCAAGGAGUACACUCAACUUUAUCAACGACGGUACAACUGGCUUGCUACAAUCACCCCCCUUUGGACACAUUCAAUAUGACCGCAACGAUGCACCACUGGGUGACACAUUUCAACGAAUUGUCCAGCGUGGAAAUGUGCGUUGUGGAAUUGUCAGGGAUCGGCCAGGUUUUGCCAUGUGGAAUAAUGUCAACAACACAUACCAUGGCAUGGAUGUUGAUUACUGCCAUGCUUUGGCAGCUGCGCUCUUUGGUGGCGACAAAACAGCAGUGCAGUUUGUAGAGAUUGAAGGACAAGAUGCUGCCAAUGGAUAUGCGCUGCUCAAUGAUGACGACAUUGAUGUUUUGGCUGGUGCCACCUGGACACUGGAAACAGAUGUCAAGGAACCGACCACUGGCCAGGGGUAUUCGUUUUCAUUGCCGUACUUCUAUGGGUACAGCACUGCUGAAGACAAUUUCUGCCUGGCAACACGUCAAAGUGACCACGAUUGGUCAACCUUUGCGUAUUGGAUUGUUGCUGCCACGGUGAACGCCGAAGAGAAUGGAAUCACUUCCAUGAUGUUUCAUAGCAUGCCGGAAGUCUAUGUCUAUGGGCCAGCUUUCCGACGAAUGUUUCGAGACAGCAUCCUUGCUGUUGGCAACUAUGCAGAACUGUAUGAAAGGAAUCUCCAGAGUUUAUUCCCAAGACAGGGUCGGAACUUGCUAAAUUCUGCUCCAAACAAUGGACCACAGCACUAUCUGCUACCUGGGUUUGGCUUCUAGGCUGGUCGGCCCAAUGGCUACCUACUUGGGGAAGAGGACAGAUACCGGUACAUCAUCUUGCUAUAGCUUAACAUGACAUUUGUAGUGUACAUUGCGUUGCACUGCAUAGAGUGUCAUCUUCUCCUCCCGCCAAAAGCUGCGUUCCGCUGUCUGGAACAUGGGAAGAGCGUUUUGGACAGGCAAAUAAGAGUCCAGUUUGGUGAUUGCUGCUCCCUUCGUCGCCUACCGUAUACCGGUACAUGGA